AUGAUGGAGUUGGGGAAAUUGAGCGGGGCGGUGGGACCCUUGAGCGCCAGCGCAGCGACGUCGUACGCCGCGGCCGCCAUCUCCGGGGUCGGGUAG